UAGAAUGUGAUUGAAUUGUUGCGUUCCCCCACACGUCAGAACACAGUGGUGGCCAUACAGGCGCUGGCGGCCAUCGCUUUCGUGGUCAAGGCUGAUGCCAUCAACCUGACCGUCCAGGUGUCCUCCUCGACCAUGAGGGGCGUGUCCCUCUUCAGAAUCACCUCCACCAACUACCAGCUGUACCACAGCAAGGAGAUCCAUGCCGACCAGAAUGUAACCAUAGAUAUAUUCCUGGAAGGCAAAGGAUUUGCCCACAUUCAGAUGUACGUCUUCUACAACGUUGAGAGCACAAGCCGGGAUCCCACAGAGAAGCUCCAGGCUGGGACUGAGGCCUUCUCCCUGGACGUGGAGGUGCUGGAAGCGCUGGACGACCGGGGAGACCGACACCAUACCAUGGUGGUGUCCAUAUGCACUCGUGUCCUCGGGACGGAUGGGAUAACUCAGACGGGCAUGGUCCUGUUAGACGUGGGUCUGCUCAGCGGGUUCCUCCCACUUGGAUUGGCUGCUGUUGAACCCAUCUGGAAGGUGGAGACCCCCCCCGGCAGGGCGGUCCUCUACCUUUACUCGCUCACCUUAGAUGAGGUGUGCAUCAACGUGACGCUCACAAGCAGAUGGAUGGUUGCCCGCGUGCAGGACGCCACGGUGCGCGUGUACGAGUACUAUGAGCCCGGUAAGGGAACAACCACUUUGUUUCAAACCCUUUAACAUUUACACGU